UGUCCGAAAUGUGGUAAGCCAGGAUUACAACAAGAUUGGUGCAGAAAAUGCGAAUCAAGAAAAUUUAAAAAACUUUCGAAAUGGACAAGCGGUAAUGAAUAUCUUGAUAAACUUAUUAAGUAUACUCAAAAUAAAGCCUAUGGGCCGUGUUCUUUUUGGGAAUGGAUUCCAUAUGAAAAAUUUUCGGAUAUUCAGUAUUUAUCGAAAGGUGGAUUUGGAACUAUGUUUGUUGCUAAUUGGGUAGAUGGACCUAGAGAUUUAUGGGACUAUGACUCACAACAGUAUGUUAGAAACAAAAAUUGUAAGGUUGCGCUUAAAAGACUCGAUGAUGAUAUUAUUAAUUCGGGAUUCGUUAAUGAGUUACGGUCAUAUUAUUGUAGAGCUAAAACACGUUGCGAUUAUGCCAUUCGGAUAUACGGAAUUUCGCGUGAGCCUGAAACAAAUAGCUAUAUUAUAGUUAUGCCUUAUUACCAUAAAGGUGACCUUAGAACCAUUUUACGAGAAAGAAAAACAGAACUCACAUGGCAAGAAAAGUUCCAAAUUUUAUAUAGCCUUUCAAAUGCAUUAAAAGACAUUCAUUUAAAAGGACACACACAUUGUAACUUACAUCCCGGCAACAUAUUUCAAGUGUCUCAAGAUUCAAGCGUACGUAUUAUUAUUGGAGAUCUCGGAAUGAAUAAGUCAGCAUGUAGAGACCCAACAGCCUUAGAAUCUUACGGUGUUGUACCUUACGUGGCAUCUGAGACCUUACGUAGUUGGCCAUAUACUCAAGCUUCAGACAUAUAUAGUUUUGGCAUGAUAAUGUGGGAAUUAUCCUCGGGUAAACCUCCAUUUUUGGACAGGGCACAUGAUGAACAUUUAGUGUUUGAGGUUUGCGAAGGAUUGCGACCGGAUAUUGUAGAAGGAACACCAAAGUGUUACGUUGAAUUAAUGAGAAAAUGUUGGAAUGAUGAACCAUCAAAUCGUCCCAGAGCUCUUGAAAUUUAUCAAAUUAUUCAGUCAUGGGAUAAUUCGCUAUUUAGGUCUAUAGACGAAGAGUUGUCAAGCAUUUCAGAAAGUUCCGAUGAAGAAGUCAAUGUUCAUCCUGAAGCAAUAUAUUCAAGUAAACCACUUAGCGGAAUCAUUACACAAGGGUUUGGGCUUGAAUCUACACUUUCCCAGGAUAAUCCACGCAAAUCUAUUGUUUUCAAAAAUUCCGAAAUUCAAGAUACGGACAAAAUCAAGGAAUUGAUCCCGAAAAAGAAACAUAGAAAUUUGGCAAAUAAUGACAUCCCAACUAUCGAAAUACAUAAAUAUGAUUCAGAACCUUCGGACGAAGAGAAAGAUUGA